AUGGGAUCAGCUGAUUGAGAAAACCUCUUUAUCUGACAGCAGGGCGCUCUGAAGCCUAACCAAGAGAGGCAGGAGAUACUGACAGAGGGAGAGAGUGAGGAGAGGUUAGAACUACUACUACACCGAGAGAAGGUGGCUUAACAUUGUACUUUAUCACACCUAAUACUUCGGAGCAGCAUUUUAUCACAAAGAAAAAAAAAAGUAAAACAGAAGAUCUGUAUUGGUCUCUGCUGAUUCAAAGAAGUACAGGUUUCUCAAAGCUAUUCACAUUAUGGAUUUAAGGGAAAGGGAAAGAAAAGGCUUAACAUUGAAUGACUCAGAAGUAAACUGGAAUUAAAAAGCAUUCCAUUAGCAACGCAGAUAAAGGAAAUAAUGGAAAACAGCAGUAGGUUUGAAACGCCCACCAAUGUCUCGUUGGUUACUGGCACGGACUCUGUGUUCAGGUCCAUUGAAUACAAAACCAUCUCUGUGUUUCUGGUGCUGCUCAUCUGUGGGAUAGGCAUCAUUGGCAACAUGAUGGUGGUCUUGGUGGUACUCACCACUCGUCACAUGCGUACCCCCACAAACUGCUACCUCGUGAGUCUGGCCGUGGCUGACCUCAUGGUGCUGGUGGCCGCUGGGCUGCCCAACAUCUCAGACAGCCUCUCUGGGACCUGGGUAUAUGGGCAUGCUGGCUGCCUGGGGAUAACCUACUUCCAGUACCUUGGAAUUAAUGUAUCCUCCUGUUCCAUCACAGCCUUCACUGUGGAAAGGUACAUCGCUAUUUGCCAUCCAAUGAGAGCGCAGACAGUGUGCACGGUAUCGAGAGCCAAGCGCAUCAUCGCCUUUGUCUGGGUCCUGACCUCAGUCUACUGCAUGCUGUGGUUUUUCCUGGUCGACAUCAACGUCAACAAAGACAACAAAGUUGAGUGCGGGUACAAAGUGUCUCGGGAUCUCUACCUGCCCAUCUACCUCAUUGACUUUGCCAUCUUCUACGUCACCCCCUUGCUUGUGGCCAUCGUGCUCUAUGGGCUGAUCGCACGCAUCUUGUUUCUCAACCCCCUCCCGAACCGGGCUGACACCACCACUGAGCGCUGGCAAGGCAAGAGCGGAAAGCAGAAGAACGGAUCAGAACCAGGCAGCAGUAAAACCACCAAUCGCCCUCAAACCAAGAGAGCGCCCUCUUCAAGAAAGCAGGUCACUAAAAUGCUGGCUGUUGUGGUCAUCCUCUUUGCCUUGCUGUGGAUGCCCUAUCGAACCCUGGUCCUCGUCAACUCCUUCAUUGAGAAGCCCUAUCUGAACGCCUGGUUCCUCUUGUUCUGCCGGAUGUGCAUCUACGCCAACAGCGCCAUCAAUCCUGUCGUGUACAACCUCAUGUCCCAGAAAUUCAGGUCGGCUUUCAAGAAGCUGUGCAAGUGUGGGGAGGAGGAGACACAGAGACGCACCAUGUACUUGACGCCGGUGAACUACAGUAUGGUGAGGGACACAGUGACCAGGAGCCCUGAGGUGAACGGGAAGAAAACAGAUAAAAAACAGGAGGCAGAAGGAAAAGGGGGUCCUUCCCAGAAGCUGCAGGCCUCUGUCAUUGUAGACGAGGAGAUUUACUUCAGUGUGGUUUAAUAUUUCUCUCUUUUUUAUGCAGCAAAACAGCCUGGGUGUCCAUUAGCAACACACAGUGCUGCCUACUUAACCAUUGAUAUUAGUUUGAAUAAAAUGAAACUGGCCAAUCUUAGACAGGCAGGCAAGUGUUUGUUUUAAAAGCAAGCAGCUUCAUAUUUAUUUAGCAGUGUUCCCUUUGUGCUGCCUCUUUCUCUUUUAUGAUGUGUGUAAUCAUUCUCAGUAGUACUUAUUGCAAUUACUCAAAUACUGUGGUUUAUUUUUUGAUAAGUGAGUUCAGGAGCUGCUCUUCAGUUGCCUGUCAUAGUUAAAUGUGAUACUGGCACUUACUAAUAUGAAGCCACUUUUAACCAGAACUGAUGAGCUGCUUCUGAACAAAUAGUCAAAGCAUCUGAAUAGGCUUACCGAAUUAAAAAACACAAUAUUUGAAUAAUAGCCACACAAGAAACACUCAGAACUAUUAUGUAAAAUGUAAAAUAACUUUAUAAAAAGAAAAAUACAAAAAUUAAAUUUGAAAUUACUGAGCCAGCUAUUGUAAAUAACCAUUGACAACAUUCAGUCAGCUUUUAAUGAAAUUGAAAGAAGUUACUUACCACUCUCUUCAAUGAAGACCAGUGGUAUUUUUGUAGGGUGUGUCAGAAUUAAGUUUGACAGCUUUUGAUAUUUUUUUCCCUAAUCCCUUGCUCAGCUGAUCUUGAAAUUUGCAGACACCCCCUCAACCGACAGCUUGGUACCCCUUGGUAACCCUAUGUCCAAAUUUCCUAGCAACAACACAGAUGCAGCCCUAAUUCCGACUGUCUUGUGUUACAUGAACCAUACACCGUCUCUUUCCAUUUAAUUGACGGUGUCCAAUGAAUGUGUUACAGGAACAUGCAGCUGAUGGAGUUUACAUUUACCAAAAUAAAUCAUAUCUUUGUCAUAGGUUUUUCUAUUCAGUAAUAUGACAACGAUAACUUGUGAGAACUGUACACAUUACCUGGGAUAAUGGCUCCUCUUCUAGCUUGGGUGAACCUGAAGAUGAAACUGAUAACAUUACCAUAUACAGACGGGGGCUGUAAACACUUGAUCAGAAGCCUGCCAGCAUCAUCAAAAUAAUGUAAAGAAUUAGAUUUUGUUGUAACGAUGCAGAACGUAAGUGUUCCGAAAACUUUUAUGAGGGAAGCCCUCAUGUCUUUUUAUAUAUAUAUUGUGACAAAGUGGGGGUGCCUUGCCACAAUUCGGGACCUUUCCACUGUCUUCUUGUGUGUAAAAGAAACAUUUACUGGACCACAGAUGUAAUUUAAACAGGACAGAGCCUGUAUAUUUAUUCAUAAAAAAACCAAACAAAACAAACAAAGGCCUAACUCCUCAAAGAAGUACUAACUAAACAGAGUACUGUCCCUGACUGACCAUUGGGCAGCUAGGCUGCUUACCGAUACGAAACUACAACACACAGUUGUUACAGAGAAACACAGUACACACAGUAGUUACUUUAUAUGACUGUUGGAAGCAGAGCACACAGCUUACUGCUUCCUCCGACUCGGCAGCCCUGAAUU